GCGCUCUGGUCACGGUUUCUCUAUGGCAGGCAGGGACGCCUUGCCUCCUGAGCGUCGCGGGCUAAGGUCGGCGCGCGCAUCUGCGGCCGUGGGCCAUGGCGCGACUCCCGAGGCUCGCCGUCUUUGACCUCGAUUACACUCUCUGGCCUUUCUGGGUGGACACUCACGUAGACCCCCCGUUCCACAAGAGCAGUGAUGGAACGAUACGAGACAGGCGGGACCAGAACAUCCGACUAUACCCAGAGGUGCCCGAGGUGCUGGAUCGAUUGCAGGGCCUUGGGGUACCUGUCGCGGCUGCUUCACGGACAGGUGAGAUAGAAGGGGCCAACCAGCUACUGGAGCUUUUUGACCUCAUCAGAUACUUUGUUCAUCGGGAAAUCUACCCAGGCUGCAAGGUCACUCACUUCCAGAGGUUGCAGCAGAAGACCGGGGUUCCUUUCUCCCAGAUGAUCUUCUUCGAUGAUGAGAAGCGGAAUAUAGUGGACGUCAGCAAACUAGGUGUUACCUGUAUUCACGUGGAGAAUGGGAUGAAUCUACAAACCCUAACUCAGGGGUUAGAAACAUUUGCGAAGGCCAGACCUGGGCCCUGAGGUCCAGCCCUGUAGAGAGGCUCAUUUGAGGCUUAAAACUGAAAGGAAAUCGAGGCAUUUUCAGGUGCUUUUAUACUUUAUUAAAGCGUAUCUGUGUGUAACAGAAGA